AAUUUUAGGGGGCAAGGUAUAUCAUUACCACUAUGCUCGAUAGGACAGUUUGCUUGCCGAAACAGUCCCAAGUGCAUUCCUAUGUCAUGGCUUUGUGAUGGUGCCCGUGACUGUCCAGAUGGCAGCGACGAAACACACAACCAGUGCCAUUCACACCGAAGUACGUCGUUUGAAGAUAAUGUUGCAUUUGAAGCAAUAGACUGCGAUAAU